AUGUAGUUCGAUAAAUAGUUUGAUGGAUUCAAAGGUGAUAAACAGGCCUUUUUGAAUUAAAAAAAGAAGGAAAGAGAGUAGAAAAAAGAGUUAAAAGUUAAAAUAUAGUCAUGCACAAAGAUUUAGACUUACUGGAGAUACAAAAAGAAUGUUUCUAUUGAGUUAAAAAAAAAAUUAGAUGACUUCACAAAAAAAAUAAAAGAUAUCAAGAUAGUCAAGUAAAAAAUUAGCUAAUAAUAGCAAUAAGAGCUUGCAAAUAAAAUUUUCUUAGUCUAUCCAAUAUUUUUUGAAACAACUUUAUUCAUUCAUCCUAGAAAUGUUCUCUAAUAUAGUGAAAUUCUUUUAGAAAUAGUUAGUCUACUCAUAGAAGCUUCAAAGCAAUCUGUAAUGAACUAGUUUGAGGGUAAAGAAAGCAAGUUCAGCUAUAUCUACAGAAUAGUUCUUCUUUGCUUGAGUCUUUUUUCAUAACUUAAAGAAGAGAAGUAAAAUGAAAAACAAAAAAUAAAUGAGUUCCUAAUUGAGUUUUAUAAGAAUUGCAAGAAAGUUAGAAAAGAAGUUUUGGUUCCCACUAAAUAUUUGACAAAACUUCUAAAAAUAGAAGACAAUUUCUGUAGUUAGAAAGGAAUAAGGAAAUCUAUAAAAUAUGCAUGCUUUACCAAGCCUAAUAAAGAUAUUGUGCUACAAAGUCUUCUCACAUCGAAUAGUUUUUAGAAUCUUUUAAAAAAUAAUCAAUCAAGAGCUUCAAGAAUAUUUAACAUAAUAUCAGAGGAAUAGUUAAAUGUUAAUGAGUUUAGGAUUAAUCAUUUGAGAAACAGAGUGAAUAACUAUAUAAAAAUUUGGUCUCUAAUUGAUAUAGAUAAAGAGCAGGAAAAUGUGCUCUAAAAUUUCUCAAAUAUAUUUAUGGGCAGCUUGUAAAAUCUAGUUUUAUAAACUAAAGACUUGAUUCCCACUUCAAAUUAAAAUGAAAUGGAAAUCGAAGAAGAAAAUAAUGCUAAUUUAAUGAUAAACGAAGAAAUUGAAAAAUAUAAAAGCAAAACUAAAUUUUAUAAACAAUUUUCUCUUGAAUUAAGUAGCAUUAAUCUUUCUGUUUUUGCAGAAGAUAAAACAAUUAAGUUAUUCUGCAAUAUGAUAAACCAUCUUAAAUAAAUCAAACCCUUUACACCUUAAGUUUUAGAAAAAAUAAGUAAUAUAUGUGGGUAAUUUUUGAUGAUGAGUAAAAUAAGAAAUUCUUAUUAGUUAGGUUUAAAAAUAAAGCUUGCAUAAAACUUCUAACUUCUUAAAACUCUCUAUGGAGUUUUCACUCAUUUAAAUUUCGACAUUGGCAAAUUCAGACUCCAUUCAAAGUUUUUGGGCAAUGUGGUUGGAUUAUUUUGCAUAUUAUUUAAGAAAAAAUUGAAUUUAAUGGAUGAUGAGGAGUUCUUUGGUGUUUUAGGUAAAGGAAAUGGAAUUAUAAUGCUUGACGAGCAAAUUAUUCAAAAUAAUUUCAAUUUGCAAGAGAUGAAGCAAAUAAUAGAUUUUUUCAAUUUAUUUGCAUUUAAGCUUUUGUUUACUGAGGCUUAAGCUGAUUACAGACCUUGUGAAAAGAAAGUGGUCACUCUCUUAAAAUAGCUUUAUUCAAGAGAUUCUAGAAAAAAGUUUUAUGAUAACUGGAUACUAGAAAGCGAAGAAAAUUAAAUCUUGCUCAACAAUUUUAACUUUAAGAAAAUAGAUGAAGAAAAUUCAUAUAUGAGUCGUCUUUUGAAUAGAAUUCCUCAUAUUUUUACUUUCGAGAAAAGAUAUUAAAUGAUGAAAAAAUUCAUCACUGAAGAUUAAUCUGUUCAAGAUAGAAAUCCCUUUUAGUUUUAUUAAAUGUAGGACGAAGACGAUGAAAAUGGUUAGGCCAACGCCAUCAAUUCUAAAAAUAUUUUUAUUUAAAGAGGCAAAGAAUUAGAUGAUGCCUUUAGCAAAUUCCAUAAUAAAAAUAUGAAAGCCCUUUACAAAAUUUCAUUUGUUGAUGAGCAUGGAUUUAUCGAAUAAGGUAUUGAUGGAGGUGGUAUUAUUAAAGAAUUUAUCAACUCUGUAGUCAGACAAGGAUUUGAUCCUACUUGCGGACUGUUCAUCGAGACUGCAGAAAGAACUCUCAUGCCAGCUCCAAAUAACAAAAACAAAUUAGCGAGAUACACUUUUCUUGGAAAGGUUGUUGGAAAAGCUAUUUAUGAGAAUAUUUUUAUUGAACCAGUUUUUUCUAAAGUAUUUUUAAAUUAAAUUCUUGAAAAACCAAGUACUCUUGAAGAUCUCUAAUAUGUUGAUAAGGAGCUUUAUAAAAUGUUGAUGAAUUUAAAGCACACUAAAGAUAAUGUUGAAGAUUAUGGCUUGACUUUUUCUAUUGAUGAUAUUUAUAAUGGAGCUGUUGAGCUCAAAGAAAAUGGGUCACAAAUAGCUGUAACAAAUGAAAACAAAUUCGAGUAUAUUAGUUUAUAUGCAUAAUAUAAACUAAAUUCCAUGAAUGAACCUGAAGCCCAUGCAUUCAGAGAGGGAUUCGCAUCUGUAAUUGACUAAGAAUGGCUUUCGAUGUUUAACCAUGAUGAACUCUAGCUUAUUAUUUCAGGCAAGUUCACUUGCUUUGAUGUUUAAGAUUUAAAAAAGCACACUCAAUAUAAGGGUUACAAUCCAAACGACUUGACAAUUAUUUUCUUUUGGUAAACACUUGAAUCAUUUACAGAUGAAGAAAAGGGUAAAUUCCUUCAUUUUGUAACAAGUUGUAGCCGUCCUCCAACUCUCGGUUUCAAGCAGUUGAAUCCCCAAUUUUGUAUCUAGAAAUCUAUAGAUGACAACAAUCCUCAAAAACCAGAAAAAUUGCCUACUAGUUCUACAUGUAUGAACAUACUUAAACUGCCAAAUUACGAAGAUGGUAAUAAACUGAAAUUGAAGCUACUAGAAGCAAUCUUUUCAGGUGCUGGGUUCGACUUGAGCUGA